AUGAGCGCUUCGAGGUUCAUAAAGUGCGUCACCGUUGGUGACGGAGCUGUCGGUAAAACUUGUUUGCUGAUUUCUUACACCAGCAACACCUUUCCCACGGACUAUGUUCCCACUGUUUUCGAUAACUUCAGUGCGAAUGUGGUUGUUAACGGAGCCACGGUGAAUCUAGGAUUGUGGGAUACUGCAGGGCAGGAGGAUUAUAAUAGAUUAAGACCAUUGAGUUAUCGUGGUGCAGAUGUUUUCAUUCUAGCCUUCUCUCUGAUUAGUAAGGCUAGUUAUGAGAAUGUCUCCAAGAAGUGGAUCCCAGAGUUGAAGCACUAUGCUCCUGGUGUCCCUAUCGUCCUUGUUGGAACCAAACUAGAUCUUCGAGAUGACAAACAGUUCUUUAUCGACCAUCCUGGUGCUGUCCCUAUUUCCACUGCUCAGGGAGAGGAGCUCAAGAAGCUAAUCGGAGCGCCUGCUUACAUCGAGUGCAGUUCAAAAUCACAAGAGAACGUGAAGGGAGUGUUCGACGCAGCUAUCAGAGUGGUCCUUCAACCUCCGAAGACGAAGAAAAAGAAGAGCAAAGCACAAAAGGCCUGCUCCAUUUUGUAA